AUGAAGCAUCGCAGCGCUUUGGACGCGGUCAGUCCCCUUGUAAGACAGCGAUUACUCUCUCAUUUCGCCUAUUUGGAAGGGAAACACGACAACGCCACACCCAACCGAAUCACACACCUUGAGAAAAUGACUUUCAUACCAAGCCCUGCAAACCUGGACAUCAAUGGCCCGCCGCAAAUCACCAAAGGCCGACCGGUACUCAGCAUCAUGGGAGCGGUCAAGGCCCAUUUGCAGCCAGGCGCAAAGGCUUGUACUGCUUUAGCUGUGCAGAACAAGCCCAAACGAUUGGUAGAGGUGAGCUUUGACGCGGACUCACAUGGGUUAAGCAUGAUCCAGCGCUGA